CGUGUGAGUGGUGACGUCAUGUGACACUUUUCGAGGUGCGUCAGCGUCACAAGGGGCCUAUCGAGCCUGCACCAUCAGGAAGUAGUCAGUGAGUCAUGCUUACUUUGAAGUCGUGGUUGUGAAUAGCAGGGAGAACAGAUAGAAAAGACCUUGGUGGCAACACGUGAGGUAUCUCCAGUGCUGACAAACAGUUCCGUACGUGUGGCUUUCUAAUUCCUCUCACGUGUUAUUUGACGGUAGCCACCAACUCACAAAAUGGCGGGUGGUAUGCCAGACAGAAAUUUCCUUAUGACUGUCUUCCAACAAGUUGACAAAGAUCGUAGUGGAGCAAUUGAUGCCCAGGAACUCCAGGCAGCACUAUCUAAUGGGAACUGGACACCAUUCAACCCCGAUACUGUGAAGUUGAUGAUUGGAAUGUUUGACAAGACUGGAGAAAAAACAGUUAACUUUAAUGAAUUUGGAUCCUUAUGGAAGUAUGUGACGGACUGGCAGCAGUGCUUCCGCUCAUUUGACAACGACAGCUCCGGCAGCAUAAACAAAACAGAACUCAAAACGGCGAUCACAACUUUUGGAUACAGGUUUUCUGAUCAGUUCUUUGACAUCUUGAUAAAGCGCUUUGACAGAUCUGGCAAGGAGUUGAUAUAUUUUGAUGACUUUAUUCAGUGCUGUAUUUCCCUUCAUACAUUGACCUCAGCUUUUACUCAACAUGACCAAGAGCAAAAGGGUGUUGCCACCUUUAGUUAUGAACAUUUCUUAUCUGUGUUCUUUAGAGUGAUGCAGUAUUGACACAUGCUCUUCAAUACAUAAUUUGACGCAGCUCUUCAGUCAGCACGACACUGAUCGUGACGGCAUCAUCCAAGUCUCCUAUGAACAGUUCCUCCAUAUGGUGUUCAGUCUCAGAAUUUAACUUGGCCUUUCCGCAUCCAUGGACUGUGAUUGAUGGCACCAUGGACUGUCUGAUUGAUGGCACAAGAAAAGCAGUUUUUAGUGAUGACAUUCUUCAGAUAUCUACUACUGUUUCCAAUACAUUAGCUGUAUAUAUUGUACCUGUUAAAUGUUCUCACUAUGUGAGAUAUUACUAACUAGUUAAGAAAGUGAAAAUUCAAUUACAAAUAUACAGAUUGAUAUGUUAAAAAUUUAAACUGGUUAUUGUCAAGUUUCACAUAAUCCUAGGAAAUAAACUAGUUUAAGAACAUCUCUAAUAUAGGUUGUUAACAUGCAAGUAUUUCUUCUUUAUUCUCACCAAUACCAUGAAUGGAAAAUUUAUAUGCAUACAAUUCCAGACAUAUUAAUUAGCCUCAGCUAUGUCUGGGGAGGCUUCAGUUAUUACAUCAAACCCCAUGAACAAUUUUUGUGUAGUUAAAUCAUAACACCAAACCAGAUGUGAGCAUGUUUUUCUAUUUUGGGUAGUGUGUUACCAUUCCUACGUUUCUGUGGCCGCGUUCCUGGAAUAACGUUCUUCAAAUGUUUUUGCUCGGUGAGUUCCUGCAUUAGCACUCCCAAAUGAUUAAAGCAUCCCUCAAAAAAAAAAAAAAAAAAGUAAUUUUAAAGAAAAAAGUUUUCCUCAAAAACACUGCUGUAUGCAUCAAAAGAACUACUCUGCAAGUAAAAAAUAAAACAAAAUAAAAGGUAAUAAUACACAAGAGCUUCAUACACUGAAAUAUAUAUAUAUAUAUAUAUAUAUAUAUAUAUAUAUAUAUAUAUAUAUAUAUAUAUAUAUAUAUAUAUAUAUAUAUAUAUAUAUCAGACAACUAGGAAUGCAGGAACGCUUUAAAAUUUUGGGCUAUGGUUUCCUUUGAAAAACUUGGUAUUCCUGUGUUCUUGCAUUCCUACAAAGGCAGUGCAUACAUAUGCAAGAAUGCAGGAAUGCACUUGCCCAUCUCUGCACCAAACUAACCUCUUCAUUAACCCUUUCAUUGCUAUAAGAAAUGCACCAGAAUUUGAUUAGGGUCUACAAUAGAGAGGAUUAAAAACAAUACAUUAAGCAAUUUCUAUCCAGUUUGAAGACUGGAGGUGGCGUUAGAAUGGAUAAAGACGUUUCCAUGAGAAUUCAUUAGGGAAAGGUGUACCAAAUAGCAGUCAAAGGGUUUAAAAGGCAAUGCCAAGACCAGUCACAUUCACAAGCACAACCACUCUUCUGUUCUCUUCACACUUAAACCAUCAAACCUGUCUGCUUUACCACCUCCUACAAGCCUAGAAUAUUGUACAGAUAUAGAGAAAUUGGGUUUACUGAUUUUACCAAGUCCUCUUAAGUUUCAAUAUGGGAUGGUUUCUAGCUACAUGCAAAUAGUUAUUAAUGUUGGUCUUAGUUAAUACAUUCAGCCUGAAACAUUCUUUUCUUGAUCAUGAGCCAGAUAUUAAUAAUAAUUUAGAUUUCCUAGCUAUCAUAGAAAGAUAGUGCCUUCAUCAAGCUUUAAAGAAAUUUCUGAACAAAUGUCACACAUUUCAUCAGAGCAAAAUGUUUGCAUAUUUGUGAUGAAUUGAACAGUGGCUGUACCUCGUAUUAUUGCUUGAAUUUAGAUCUUUUGGACACCCAGAUUGUUCUAUAAUAGUACUUGAUCUGAACUACUGCAUUGCCAUCAUGUCCAAUGUCAACCAUUUAGUUCUUGCCAAAACUCCUAGUCUUCAUUCAUAUUUAUCAGAUUUUAUUCUCCUAUACACUUUAGUUAUAAUCUACCACUUGUAAUAUCUUAUUCUUAAGUCACACAUUCCAAGCAAUUCUUUUUUGUUAAGUAGCUACUGGUAACUACUAACGUCCAUUUCAGGCUAAGUGUAUUUUAUUGAUGGCAAUCAUCAUUGAAACUGCCAUUUAUUUUUAACUUGACAUGAAGGUUAGUUAUGAACUCCACAAUACAAGGUCUGCAAAUGUAAAUAUGUACAUCUGUCCAUGAUUUAUAUUUUUAUAUGUGUCCAUUAGUUCAGUCUGUUGAACAAAAAUGAAGGCUACAUGCAGCA